CACCCCCAAUCGAGCUUCAGCACUGACAAUACUCACGCACUGACAGAAAGUUAGUGUGCUGAUCUUCUGUCGAGUUCGAGCUUUGCUUACGACUGAAAUCGCACAUCCCUUGACAGACUGAAGUUGGUUUCUUCGUCCAUCCUUGAUUUCGGGCCAUGCUGACCGAAUAUUUUACACAUUGGCAGAAUUUGUAUAAGAAUCAUCGUGAAGAGAUGGGGUCUAGGUUACUCUCUGUGGCCUCUGGCUCAUCACCCUUGGAGGAUAAUGUUCAGCUCAUUUCUGCUGUUGUCAUUAUCUUCGAACAUUCUUUCUACGUUUUCGACAAGAGACGCUAUCUUCAGGACAAGCAGGAGUCUGUUCCCUCUUUUUAUGCCGCUCUGGAGCAGUACAUUGCGUCUCCGCAUGCAGCUGUUGUCAGGGAAGGUGUGAGCGCUGCCGUCCAGGCAUAUGAAGAAGCUGUGACUACUGCCACCCACGCAUAUGAAGAAGCUGUGAGGACCUUGCCUACUUGGAAGGCGAAGUUACCGUUUGAACGCUUCAAGAGGAAGGCUGCACGCCCUCAUGAGAAGGAGAAAGAAUCUUUGUGUUCUCAGGCGAAGGCGGAGUUAACCAAUACUAUUCUUGAAAUCACUCUAAAUCAUCGCCUGCCAAGACCUUAAUGUUGGGCAAUGCAACCCAACAUCAACGAUGUUCUGGUCCGGAGGGAAGUUGAGGCGUCUCUGCAGUGAAUGCAGUUUACUUGAAUGGUCUGUCGAGGUAGAUUCAGGAUGUAGAACUGUACGAAAUGGUUGUAUGAUCGCGCAAUAUGGUGCUUUGUCCGGUAUGGCGUAUACGUAUCUGGUGAAUGUCAGUCUCCCUCAGUCGAGACAGUGGCGAGAACUACUGC